CCCGCGGCUACAAGAGGGGCGGGAGCGGCGGGGGCUGAGCCGGCGGCUGGACCGCGGCCCCUCCGGUACCGGCAGCGGCUCCGCGCCCCCCCCGGCCCCGCCGAGCCGCCACCUGCCCGCGCCGCAGCUCAGGGGCAGCCAUGGGCAAGCACAGCAGCAAGCUGGCCCCGGAGAUGCUGGAUGACCUGGUGAGGAGCACGGAGUUCAGCGAGCAGGAGCUGAAGCAGUGGUACAAGGGCUUCCUCAAGGACUGCCCCACCGGCAUCCUCAACCUGGAGGAGUUCCAGCAGCUCUACAUCAAGUUCUUCCCCUAUGGAGACGCCUCCAAGUUCGCCCAGCACGCGUUCCGCACCUUCGACAAGAACGGGGAUGGCACCAUCGACUUCAGGGAGUUCAUCUGCGCCCUGUCUGUCACCUCCAGGGGCACCUUUGAGCAGAAACUCAACUGGGCCUUCGAGAUGUACGACCUGGACGGGGACGGGAAGAUCACGCGCCUGGAGAUGCUGGAGAUCAUUGAGGCCAUUUACAAGAUGGUGGGGACUGUGAUCAUGAUGAGGAUGAACCAAGACGGGCUGACACCCCAGCAGCGAGUGGACAAGAUCUUCACAAAGAUGGACAAGGACAAGGAUGACCAGAUCUCCCUGGAGGAGUUCAAGGAGGCCGCCAAGAGCGACCCCUCCAUCGUGCUGCUCCUGCAGUGUGACAUGCAAAAAUAGAGCCCUGGGACUCAGGGCUGGACUGGCUGCAGCCAAGCUCUGCCCCCUGUGAUGGUUUCAAUCCCCGUUUUUCCCCACCCCAUUUGGCCCCAGGCGUGAGGCACAUUCCAUCCCUCCUGCUGCCCCUGCUCUGGCUGCAUCCCGGGCAGCCCACGUUCCACACCCUCGAGGUCAGAGCCUGCUCUGAGCGUGGUCAGCCCUCUCCCACCCUGGAGAUGGAUGCCCUGCAGCCACUGGUGCAUCCUGGCUGACCAGGGCCAGCUGUUCCCACAUCCCUGCUGCUUUCUCCCUGCUUUCCCCCACUGCUCCGCCUGCCCCAUUCUCUGAUCCUAACUGGGACCAGCUCUGUCCCCUUUCUGCUGUUUGCCCCCCACUUCAUGGCUUGUGAUGUCUCCAAGGAGGCUGAAAAGUCCCAAGUCCUGCUCCCGGUCCUUCCUUCACUGGCGAUUCCCUGGAAAGCUGCCCGGGGAGGCCAGGGCAGGGUCUGGCACCAGCUUCAGCUCUUCCACCUCUGUUUUCCCUGCUGGGAACAGCCAGGCCCGGUCAGGACACUUCAGCAGAGAACAGAAGCAUCCAAAGCCAGCCCUGGAUGUGGCCAGUGUCCCAUCCCAGCAGCCACCUUCUGUCCCAUCGGGUGUCCUGGGUGCUCUGUGGCAUUUCUGACCCUCCUGGGAAUGGAGGUGAGGCCUGAUGUCCCAAACUGGAGGCAGGGUCAGGAGCGUGGGUGUGGAAGGCAGGUCCUGGUGCUGCUCCUGGGUGUGUGGCACUGCUGUGGGGACAGCUGGCUGCUGGAUGGGAGGUGUGGAUGGGUCCUGUCCCUGCCGAGCCUCCUGGAAAAGCUCUGAGGCCACAAGAAACAAAUCUGCCUCCUUCCUCCUCCCCUCCCAGCCUGCUGCAUCCACCCCUCCUGCCCCAGGUUGGUGUUUGGUCUGCACCAGGCUGGUGUUCAGCUGCACGUUGUGGUGUUGGUGGCUGUGGUGUCUGUUAGGAGAUGGUGAAGUCGUUACUUAUUUUUUUAAUGGAAAAAUAAACCGUGCCCUGUGUGUGGUGUC